UUUAAAUCGGUAAAUGCGAAAUACUAGCUAAAUAAAAAACCAAUUACAGGGUACCUAUAAGAGCGAGAGAAAAGCUAACUGGGAGAGAAAGCUGGCGAAAGAGAGCGGGAGAGAGCCGAAAGCUUUAAAUUUCGCAAGGUAAAAGCGAACAAGUGUGUAUAAAAAGGACAUUUCGUUCAGUCGUCGACUCUGUUAAUUAAGCGAAACUGCGACGCAAAAAGGCGGAACGAAUUUCACUUUAGCGAAGAGAAAAAAACGUUUCCACUUUCCGCUGCAACAAAGUAUCUAAAAGUAAAAGUUGCUGUUUGUCUUUUGGAUGAAUAUCCACAGAUUGUGCAUCCGAAAAUUGAAAAUUACCGCGUAACCAUUGGACCAGAAUCGAAGGACUCGUGUUGUGUGUGUGUGUGCAAAGAAAACUCUGGCUGGCAUUUUUGCAGCUUCAACUGCGUAGCAGCCAGGGAAAACACACGUUAAUUAGUUUUCACCCACGCCGCAGAAUCUUUGAUUCGAGGAAAGUCCGGGGACUCUGCGCUAAUUAAUCCUGGGACUUGCUGGCUCCACAGCUCUACGGAAAAAAUCCAAGAGGCUGGAGAUGAAUUAACCAGGUGGACGAGACACCGCUCGUAAAUAAUUGAAGACAAGUCCAUGAAAAUGCUAAAUUGAAGAUUGCAAGAUUCUGAAACUGCUAUCGGAGAUCAUGUCUAACCUCCUCUUCAUGGACAAGUCGAAUGGCAAUGGGGUCUAUGCGGUCAGGCCAAACAGCAGCAAUGGCCACAUGGACAACGAUAAUGGAGUAAUCGGAGCAGGUGCUCCUGCCACCACCUCGACCACAACAGCAGCAGCAGGAACAGGUGCAUCUACGACCAUGAUGGCCACGACAAACAACAUAAACAUAAUGAACGGAGCUGCCGCCGCAGCCGCUGCUUCCGCUUCCGGUCUGCCCACUUCCGCCUCCAGCGAGGACCUCAGCCAGAGCCUCUCCGAGUACACGGAUGCCGACGAGAGCAUAUCCGCGCCCACUGAGUUUCUCGCCGAGUUCCUGUCCGCCGUGAUGCUGAAGGACUACAAAAAGGCAUUGAAAUAUUGCAAAUUGAUUCUGCAAUACGAGCCCAACAAUGCCACGGCCAAGGAGUUCUAUCCGCUCAUCCUGGAGAAAUUGAGGGCAGUGGCCACAUCCAGCGACAGCGAUGAGAACUAUAAUAAAUCUUCAUCACCCGACUUGGCUUUGGAUCUGCAUGCCUCCGAUGUGGAGGCGGAUGUUGACGGGGACGAGGCAGGCGACGCAGACGGAGAUGCGGAUGCGGAUGCAGAUGGCGAUGGCAGCGAGAGCAGCAACAACUGUUCCGAGGAGGAGGAUAAUGGAUGGGGUGACGACGAGAUUGACAACGUGGAUGUGAUGGAUGGCGAGGAGGAGAGCAGCAGCAGUGGCGACGACUUCGAGCUGCCCAUCGACGACGCAGGACAGGAUCCAGUAGCAUUGGCAGUUCACUCCCACCACUCCCAUACCCACUCGCAUUCGCAUUCCCAUUCCCACAAUGAUUCUGGAUCCUCGAGGAAUUCAUCGAGCGGCGGAGGCGGGCGCAGCGACAACACCACACAUUCCUACUCCAGCUUGCUUCUGGAGGAGGAGGACGACAUCGUGCCCGUAAGCCUCAACUUUGGCCUAAAGGAGAACCCAGCUGCUGACCUGGACGUGAGCAAUGGCAACAAAGUACCCUCCGCCUCCUGCAGCGAUUCCGAAUCCCCAACAGAACCGCUCACCCAACGCCUGGCGGCCAUCCUUCGGUCCAAGUGCGGCGUAUCCGGCGGUGGGUCAGAUGAGACCUACUAAAUUAUAUUUACAAACUUAAUCCAACGCUGUGCAGGAAUUAUUUUGGUGUGGAUAAUAUUGGCGAACUGCUUACAGAAUGAUGAAGAGAGUUUGAUUUUCUACCUGCUGCACAGUGGCAUCUAUAUAUUCUUGUAUAACUCUAUGAAGACACUCCACCCCUUUGCCCGGCUAGUCUCUCCACUAGUGCGAUCGCUUUACGAACCUAGAAACCGUCCCUAACUGCAUACUCUCGUAUCUC